AUGAAGUUCUUGAAACAGAUGAAGUUCCCUCAGCAGGAUAUCAAAACUCUCUUUAUCUUUGCGAAUAAGGUAUCUUUGCUGCUAAGCACAAUCAAUACUCUUUUGUAUUUAGAGAAUGUUUAUCCGACUUUGUUUGCUCAAGCGGAGUAUAUCUUCUUUUUGCUGAUGAUAAGCAUGGUUGUUGCUGAAAGAUACUCUCUUAAAAAGCGACAACACCAGAUUGUGCCUUUUUAUGCCCUCUACCUAUUAUUAUUAGGGCCUUUGGCUAGUCAGAUUUUAGCUAAGCUACCAGUAGGUGCUCUUUAUGUUAUCGGGAUUGGGUUAGGGGCUUUUUCUGUUCUGCCCUUGAGAAUAGCCAGUCGACUUUGGAUUCUUUCUGGAAUUACUUGUAGUGCGCUGAGCCGAGUAGCUCAAGUCAGUAAUGGCUUUCUAAUUGCUUAUCUCUUCUGUCUUUAUCUUAUCAAAAACUUAGACCAACUAACCUUUUCUCCUAACCAGUAUCUCAUCGAACGAGCAAUUGCUCUUUCCCUUAAUAUCUUCACUAGUAAUCUUUCUGUCUGUCCAUCACUCCCUCUCAUUGCCGCUAUUAUUGAGUUCUUCUUUACUCUAGCAGCCCCCACUCUAAUCGCCCUGCUCUACCAAGAUAAGCUCAAAAUCAAGGAGAUCCACCACAAAAGAUACAGUUUCUCCCCCAUCCCACCACCUUCUCCCCUUAUGCACGCCAAUUAUAAAUAG